AUGAAAUCGUUCAUCGCCAUCUUGACGUCUCUGGCCGUCACAGCCACGGCUCACAUGGAAAUGACAUGGCCUCCACCAUUCCGCUCAGAGUAUAACCCAUACACAACCGACAUUGACUACGAUAUGACUAGUCCUCUCGAUGCAAAUGGUGACAACUACCCUUGCAAGGGAUACCAGAACCUUCUCGAUACACCUCAAGGUCCCUCAGUCGUGACGUGGUACCCAGGACAGACCUACAACCUGUCCGUUACAGGCUCUGCCACCCACGAAGGUGGCAGUUGCCAAGUCUCGUUCUCUUACGACAGAGGAGCAACUUGGACCGUCAUUCAAUCUUGGAUUGGUGGUUGCCCUUUGAAGCCAAACUGGACCUACACCCUUCCGACCGACCUGCCUAUCGGCGAUGCCCUCUUUGCAUGGUCCUGGUUCAACAAGGUUGGCAACCGUGAGAUGUACAUGAACUGCGCACAUGUAACCAUUGCACGUGGCCCAAGUGGAAGAUCGGUUCAAAGUUCCGGGGUUCCGUAUGCAUCCCGACCUCCUAUUUUUGCCGCCAACGUUAACAACGGAUGCGGCACUACGGAGCUCUGCGAUCUUGUCUUUCCACAGCCUGGCCCAGACGUCGUGCAGAACUCAUCCGAAACGUGCCCCCCUGUUGGCAACUGUGCAGGAGUAGGCAAGUAA